AUUGUCAAAAAUAGAAAGACUAUUUUAAAAUUUUCUCUUAAUCAUGAAAAUUAAGUAGAAAUAAAUACUUGAAAAAAUUAUCAGAGCCUCUUAGCCACAAGAGUUAGGAUGAUUGAUUUAUUGAAAAUAUCUCCAUAUGUUGCACACAAUUUUCCGAAUCUAUAUUCCAUUGCGAACUGGGGCGAUACCACAUUGGAUGUAAGUAUGAGAUUCUUGCAUGAGAUCCCUUGGGAAAGGCUUGAAGAAUUGCGCAAAAGAAUUCCCAGCAUACCAUUCCAAAUGCUACUCCGUGGAGCAAAUGCAGUUGGGUACACCAACUACCCGGACAACAUCAUUUUCAAGUUUUGCAAAGAAGCAGUCAAAUCUGGAAUGGAUGUUUUCCGGAUAUUUGACUCGCUGAACUAUUUACCAAACUUGAUACUCGGAAUGAAUGCUGUAGGAAAAGCAGGAGGCAUUAUCGAAGCAGUUACUUCUUACACCAGCGAUAUAUCAAACCCAACUCAGAAGAAAUACGACUUGCAGAAUUAUAAGUCGUUAUCAAAAGAGCUUGUGAAUGCUGGGGCUCACAUUUUAGCUGUUAAAGAUAUGGCUGGGCUUCUGAAGUCAAAAGCGGCUAAAAUGUUAAUUUCAGCUCUAAGGGAUCAACACCCAGAUAUUCCCAUCCAUAUACACACUCAUGAUACAAGUGGAGCCGGCGUGGCUUCAAUGCUCGCUUGUGCCGAAGCCGGUGCUGAUGCCAAUGUAGCUGUGGAUUCAAUGUCAGGCAUCACAUCACAGCCUUCGAUGGGCGCAGUAAUCGCUUCGCUUCAAGGAACCCCAUCAGACACAGGGAUUAGUCUUAGGAAUGAAUCAGAGUAUUCAGCAUACUGGGAACAAGCCAGAACGCUGUACGCCCCUUUCGAAUGUACUGCAACCAUGAAGUCGGGUAACGCGGAUGUGUACCAGAAUGAAAUACCAGGCGGCCAGUACACAAACUUACAGUUUCAAGCGUUUUCGCUUGGUUUAGGUGAAAAAUUUGAAGAGGUGAAAAAGGCGUACGCAGAAGCCAAUAUUAUCCUUGGCGACAUAAUAAAGUCAAUCCAUGUCCACCCAAAAGCCGACAAGGGUGUGAAAGGACAACUGAGCGCUACGAUGCCAGGCACAGUCACUGAAAUAAGAGCCAAGAUUGGAAGCAAAGUCAAGCCCGGCGAUGCAGUUGUAGUUCUAUCUGCCAUGAAAAUGGAAAUGAUAGUGCAAGCACCUCUAGAAGGCACAAUAAAAGCAAUUAAUGCCACCCUCGGACAAAAAGUAGAAGGCGAAGAUUUGCUUGUUUCUAUUGAAAAUAAAGCUGUUCACCCUUAUAACAUUAUAAACUUUUACAUUAUUAUUAUUCUGUAA